AUGGUGACCUAACCUAAAAAAAUCACCGUAAAGUUUCACUUUACCGUAAAAUCACGGUUUAAAAUAAGAAAUUUCUUCGAAUACGUGUCAAAACUCCAUAAAUGCUCAAUUUAACUCAAAACCAUCUUAAAAAAUAAGCAUCAAAUCAAUCCAAAAACUUAAAAAAUAUGUUUUGAUAAACCAAAGUAUCCUAUUGGAAUUAAAAUCAACAAAAAAUGAAUACUUUUGGUUGUAUUCGAUUAAAACGUAUUUAUUUUAAAACAUUUUUUAUCGCAGCUUGUGUGUUUUUAUUAAUUUUUUAUAUGAAACGUUUAUCGGGUCACAUCGGAAACGAAAUUGACCUCAUUCCGGAAGAACUGAAACGAUUCGAAUUGGAAUUACAAGAAUACGAAAAAGGAAUAAUGCCUUUACUGGGUGAAAACGGCGAAGCGGCCAAUUUAAACGGAGUUGAUCGAGUAAACGGGGAAGCGGCUCUAAAGAAAGUUGCUUUAAACACCGUUCUAAGCGAUCGGGUCCCUUUAAAUCGGACUUUAAAAGAUCCCCGACAUCGGAAGUGUCGCGAAUUUAAAUACAAAACGACUCUUAAAGCUUCGGUUAUUAUAAUUUUUUAUAACGAAUUAUUAAGUGCGGUUUUGAGGACUAUUUGGAGUGUUAUUUUACAAUCUCCGGCGAAUUUAUUGAGGGAGAUUAUCUUGGUUAAUGAUGCAAGUACGGAUGAUAAAUUGAAUGGGUUGUUGCAGUAUUAUUUAGAUACGAGGUUGAAAGGACAUGAUAUUAAAUUGUUUCAUUUGAAACAUCGGAUGGGGUUGAUACGAGCUCGGCUCCACGGGGCUAGAGCCGCUUCGGGGGAUGUUUUAAUAUUUUUAGACGCUCAUUGUGAAGCUACCAAAGAAUGGAUUGAGCCGUUAAUUGCGAGGAUUGAGGAGGAGAGAACUGCGGUUUUAGUUCCGAUUAUUGAUGUAAUCGAAGCGAAUAAUUUGGCUUAUUCAACUAACGGUGAUUCGUAUCAACUUGGUGGGUUUACUUGGUCGGGUCAUUUUACGUGGAUUGAUAUGCAAAAAGAUUCGGAUAAAUUAACUUUAACCCCCGUGAAAUCUCCUACAAUGGCUGGAGGGCUCUUCGCAAUUGAUCGGAAAUACUUUUGGGAAAUUGGUUCUUACGAUGAACAAAUGGAUGGUUGGGGUGGGGAAAAUUUGGAGAUGUCGUUUCGAAUUUGGCAAUGUGGAGGCCGAUUAGAAACCGUGCCUUGUUCGCGAGUGGGUCAUAUCUUCCGAGAUUUUCACCCAUAUAGUUUCCCUGAUAACAAAGACACUCACGGUAUUAACACGGCGCGUUUAGCCCACGUUUGGAUGGACGAUUACAAGAGAUUAUUUUUUAUGUAUCAACCAACCUUAGAAGAUAACCCAAUGAUUGGAGAUUUAGCCCAUCGGAAACAAUUACGCCAAAAAUUGAGGUGCAAAUCGUUUAAGUGGUAUUUAGAAAAUGUUUACCCAGAAAAAUUCGUCCCUGAUGAGAACGUUUAUGCCCACGGACAAGUUAAAACGAAAAAUGAAAUGUGUUUGGACGACUUACAAUUAGGAGAUGAUAAAGUGGGCCCAUUAGGGGUGUAUAUGUGUCAUGAUUUUUUAGCAAUGACCCAAUACUUUUCGUUGAGCUUUAAAGGUGAAUUAAGAAAAGAGAAUCAUUGUGCCGAGGCGUUCUCGAAUUUUAACGUCCAAUUAACCGAAUGCCACAGCCAUAAACGGGAACAAUUUUGGAAAUAUUUCCCUGAGAAUCGAACGCUUUAUAAUCCAUCAUUCCGAAAGUGUUUGAGCAGCGAGGGGGUUAAAAAUUCGGGAGGAUUAAAAUUAGAUUUUUGUAAAAAGAAGGGAUAUCAAGAGUGGACGUUUACUCAUUUAAAUUUAACUGCUUUUUAGAUCAAAAUAUUUAAUUAACUUUUAGGUGUUGGAUUUAGAAAAAAACCUCUCUUUUUCAAUGAUACUCAUUUAAAUACUUACAUAAUUUUAUAUAAGACUGCAAUUUUUAACGAUUCUUUGUCGUAAGAUCUUCUACGUAAUAAAUCGACCAAAAAUAUACUAAAAACUUAGGAGAUAAAUUAAUAUUCUAAAUAAAAAGGGUGUUAAAUUUAAUGAAAUAGAACAAAAACGUAAAUAGACAUUAAAAAAAUAGGAUCUAAAGAAAGAAUUCUCACCUUGUUAUGUACCUUGUUAUAUUUGUUAUCAUAAAAGACCAUAAAAAAAUAAUAAUAUAUAUUUUUUACUUUGUA